AUGAGCCCAACGCUGGGCAUCCUGCUCCUCGCACUGCGUGCCGGCUGCCAGGAGCUCUGCACGGUGUCAGGUUCUCUGCCUGCCCCCAAAAUCUUCCUGAGCCCCUCAGCUGCCCAGCCGGGGGACUCAGUGUUGCUCCAGUGCCUUGUAAACUCCAAGCUGCCUGUGGUCCGUGUCGUCUUCUGCCGGGAUGGGAAGGUGCUGGCAUCCCAGCGGAGCUUGCGCGACCAGCUCAUCUACGAGCACGUCCACUGGGUGUCCAACAGCAGCUCCGUGAAUUACUCGUGCAAGUACGAGAGCCGGGAUGAACAGCACCACAUGACCGGGUCGCUGCUGAGCCGUGCUGAGCAGCUGCACAUCAAGGGUGUUGACUCCGGGGGGAACGUGCUGCCUUUCCCAGGCGUUGAGCUCGUACUGCCCCUGGGCAUUGCCGUGUCCUGUGUGCUGCUUGUGACUGCGCUUGUUCUCCUGGGGAGAGAAGCAGUGUCUGCCCUCCGGACUCAGAGGAAGCAGGGUGAGAGCAGAGCUGGGGACCCUCCCGAAGAGGAUCUGCACUACGCCUCGGUGACUGCAAGGGGACGUCCCCAGCCCCUGAGAGAACAUGUCACAACGUACGCCAGCAUCGUGCCGCCGAGGGAGCCACCUUGCUAGCUCGCCGGGACCAUGCCGUGGCACGGGGGAGCAGCACGGCGAGGAAGGGCUGCGCCCUGUCACUCUGCAAGACCCAAAGCUCAGUGCAUGCUGGUGGCAGCUGGUUCCCAACAGCACCUGGGGCGCCGAGCUGGCUCUGCUUUGCGCUUCUUGGGUCUCUGCCCAGGUUUGCUGCAGGAAGGAAGCUCUUCUUCACCUUCACCUUGUACCUGGUGUGGGGUCUUCAGUGGGAGUGUGCACCGCUGCUAACGGUGCAGGUUUUUUCAUGCUCCAAAUGCUGAAGACCCUGGAAGCCUUCUGCGCCUGCCAGGUUGUCCUUUCAGGUGCUCCGCUUAGAGCUCAGAUGCUGCCAUGCAAGGCGGCUGCACCACAGCACGUCCUGAAGGAGACCUUUUCCACCUGGCAACCUCCUGGUGCCCCUUUGUGGGGGCCUGCAAGGAUUCCCAGCUGCUUUUCCUCUCUUCCUACCCUCUCCAUACUGGGGAUGCCAGCAAAGCCUCUGGCAGGCUGCUGCUGCUGAGGAGCUCAACCAGGAGAAGUGAAAAAGAGGGUUGAUGCCUUCAGUGUCUUGGGACCUCAACGCUUGCUUUUCUGCAUGAUGCUUUCUGAAGACCGUGUGCAUAGGACAUACAGAUUUCGUGUGUCCCCCAAUGUGCUGGCACGAAGUUGCCUCCAUGCACCUUGCAGUGCUGCAGCCGUGUGAGCACAGCUUUGAGUGUGGUGUGCAAUAAAUGUG